UAGAGGCUAGAAACUAUUCAUCCAAUAAUUUAUGAGGUCAGAAGAUGGGAAGAUUCUGUGGCCUCCUUUAUUAUUGUUUCAGCUUCCUCCAUAUGCUUAAUGGCUCUCUAUUAUUCUGGUUUGUGUUGUACAGGUCCAGGUUAAGGAGAUUCUUACCAGAGGAGAAUUUGGGAGUGUGUUGAUGCACAGUAAAUGUGGUAUGGCAUUGCAGCAUGACUAGGAUCUUAACUUGCAAUUCAGGCCCAGUGUGUUACUUAACCAAUCACUCUGAUGCGUGUGUGCCUCUGUUUCAGAGAGAACUUUCAACGAAGAUAUCCAUGGAAAUGGCCAGUGUGCUUUGUAACAGAGCUAGAAUGGUGACAUACCUGCCAGGAUUUUAUUCUUUGGUUAGAAGAGUUGUAACUCCCAAGUCUUUUUCCACAGCAGGAUCAUCGGACUCAGAUGAGCCUUCUGUCGCUGCUGAACCUCCUGACAUAUGUCCAAGAACUGUGUGGCCAGAUGAAGUAAUGGGACCAUUUGGUCCCCAAGACCAAAGAUUUCAACUACCGGGUAACAUAGGUUUUGACUGUCAUCUAAAUGGUACCACAUUUCAGAAGACAGUGCAAACUCAUAAAAAACUGCCUGACAUAUUAGUUGAACCUUUGGCAAGUGAAAGGCAUGGAUUUGUGAUGGCUCAAUACAUCAGUGAAUUCCAGAACCGUGAUUUUCCUCAUAAACAACAAGAAGUUAGUAAUGCCAAGAACUACUUUGAAACAGCAAGGGUAGAAUGUGCAAUACAAGCAUGCCCAGAACUGUUGCGCAGAGAUAUUGAGUCAAUGUUUCCGGAAGUAAAAUCCAAUAAUCUAACAGUGCUUACAGUUACACAAAAAACAUUAAAUGACAUGACUGCCUGGAGUGAAGAGGUAGAAAAUGAGCGAGAAGGUCUGAUAGAAAAUUUUAUCAACGGUGCCAAGGAAAUUUGCUAUGCUUUAUCUGCUGAAGGCUACUGGGCCGAUUUCAUUGACCCAACUUCAGGAUUGGCAUUUUUUGGCCCUUAUACAAACAGCACCCUUUUUGAAACGGAUGAACGCUAUCGCCAUUUAGGAUUCUCUGUGGAAGACCUUGGUUGCUGUAAAGUUAUUCGUCAUAAUCUCUGGGGAACACACGUGGUGGUAGGAAGCAUUUUCACUAAUGCCACUCCUGACAGUCCUAUCAUGAAGAAACUGCGUGACAAUUAACUACAUCUUCUUACUUAAGAGUUGCUCAAUAAACACUGUUGGGACAUACUGAGCGCUUAAUUACACUGAUUUAUAGAUAAUAAAAGACCUGUUAUUUAUUUUUUAUGUUCAUGGGAUAUGUAGUCUCUGCACAUGAUUUAUCAGGUAGUACCUUUACUUGAAAGGUAGGUCUAUGUGAUGUAGUAUUCAAUAUUUUAAAGUGUUACUUUCUGAUAUUUUAAAUAAAACAAAACAUCCACAAUAAAUCCUGUUUUGGAAUACAAAUCCUCAACAGUUUAAUAACA